ACACCUAGGAGCAUGAUAGAUCCACACAGGUGACACCACUUUUGCAGGAAAUGGGCAUGGGUGGAGCAUGAAACACCACACACGUGGGUCGUGGAGGGGAAGGCGUGAGCCCGAUCACGCUUGAUGGGGCGGAGGGGUUACGGCGGAUUAAAGUCGAUAUGGCUCAGACGUGGGUAGUGGUCACACCGUGGACGUUGAACCGCAACACAAAGCCUUAUAGUUAUUUCAUUUAAACUACUUUAUAAAAGAAAUAUUAUGCAUGUACUCUUUAACGUAACUGUUAUUGAAAAAGUACAUGUAUUUAAUUCUAUAUUAUAUUGUUCCCGUUGUUGCUAACCGUCUUUUGGGCUAAUUACAGCCGUUCAAAGUCCUCAACUUUUAAUCUCAGCCGUAUAAAGUCUCUAAAUUCCUUCUAGAAGCAGCAGUUCACGGUAGUUCAGCUCUCUCUCUCACCCAUGAUCUUGCGGUUUCCUGCAGUUUAUCAAGAUGCACCAAUCAGAAAUACAGGUUGCAAUGCGGUUUAAAAUGUGUUCCUUAUUUUCAGGGAGUUAGUGGGGUAGUGGACACUUAACUGCAUUUUUUGGUGCCUAUAUAAUACAAGUUCAGGUAGUGUAAUCUUCUGAAUUUUUUUCGCUCUUCCUGUAUUCAUACAGCAACACAUCUGCAGCAAUGGAUAUCUCGGAUGACUUCGUGGACAUUUAUGAAGACGAUCAGCCUGCAAAGAAAGUAAGUUGGAAUCUGGGUUUUGAUGCAAUGACACCGAAGAAGAAUCAAAUAUGCAGCCCAAUGAAAGAUUCUCCGAAGACGGACAGUGGAAGUGUAGAGAUCAUUUCAUAUGGACAGUAUUUUAGUCCAUUCAAAUCUGAAAUGCAUAGGGAGGUUAUUGAACAGUUUCAGAACAUAGAAAAGCAAGCUAAAAGAAAGCAUGCGCUCCUAACUUGGAAAUGGGAUGAGGUCAUUGAUAUUACCCAAAGUGAAGAUUCGAAUGGUCAGAAAGAUGCUUCUAAGGCAAAACAACAAGAUGAUUUGGAGUCUGAGUUAAGUGAUACAGCAGACUCUUUGGAUAGUCCAUUGAAAAGAUCAAAGAUUCCACGUAUAUCUAAAAAUUGCAACGAUCAUGUUGGAUGGGUUGAAUUUUAAGUUUACUCAGUUUAAGUCCUGUUUGUCAUAGUCAUCUUUUAUGUUUUGCCUUUCAAGUCAGUGUUUGUUAAGGUUUGUUUGUUCAUCUAUUUUUAGUUUAAAUGUA